UUCAAAAUGGUAGGUUCUAAAAACAUGGCGGAUAGUUCUACUUGCGUGUGGCCGCGCUGGAAAAAGCACACGUAAAUGACAUGGAUAGACCGCGAUCAGGCAGUUCUCAAAGCAGUGCAAGCAGCAAUGAUGACACUUUUGACAGCAGCAUAGGAUCCACACCAAGUUCACCAUCCAAGACACGACAAAGAACGACGUCAACGGGCAGCAUGCCAGUAAACGUCCUGAAAACCACCCAGAAUAGGACGAUCUACACAGCGGGCCGGCCACCAUGGUAUGACUCACACGGAGAACUCAAAGAAGCCUUUGUGAUCGGAUUGUGUGGUGGCAGUGCGUCUGGCAAGACCACAGUAGCUAACAGAAUCAUCGAGGCCUUAGAUGUUCCAUGGGUUAGCUUACUGUCGUUGGACUCGUUCUAUAAGGUGCUGAAUGAAGAGCAACACAAAAAGGCUGAGGAAAACGAGUACAACUUUGAUCACCCAGAUGCCUUUGACUACGGCCUGCUCAUACAAACACUCAAGAAUUUGAAGGAAGGCAAAUGUGUUGAGGUUCCCAUUUACGACUUUAACACUCAUGCUAGGAGGAAAGAACAGAAAACCAUCUAUGGAGCCAAUGUGAUCAUAUUUGAGGGCAUUUUGUCAUUUGCAAAGAAAGAACUGGUUGACAUUAUGGACCUGAGGAUAUUUGUGGACACCGACUCGGACAUCCGGCUUGCGCGACGGCUGCGUCGCGACAUCUCGGAGCGAGGGCGCGACAUCGAGGGCGUCCUGAAGCAGUACAACAAAUUUGUGAAGCCUUCGUUUGAGCAGUUCAUCGAGCCCGCGAUUCAACACGCAGACAUAGUUGUACCAAGGGGGGCUGAAAAUGAUGUUGCGAUGGAGUUAAUCGUUCAGCACGUACACGAUCAACUCGAAAAGAGAGGCUUAAUGUUCAGAUCCAAGCUACUUAUGGCCCAUCACAACCAACCCUUGCCAGAUACUCUCACCGUGGUGGAGAAUACCAUACAAGUCCAGGGACUGCAUACAUUCAUCAGGAACAAAAACACGUGUCGAGACGAGUUUAUAUUCUACUCCCAACGCCUCACACGAAUCCUCAUAGAAAGUGCAUUGGCGCUUCUGCCAUUCGAGGACUGUGAGGUAAACACGCCACAGAACACAUCCUACAAAGGCAGGAAAUUCACUGGCAGGUCGGAAGAUGGUCGUUCAAAGCUUUGCGGUGUGUCCAUUUUAAGGGCUGGUGAAGUGAUGGAGCCCGCCCUCUGUGAGGUUUGCAAAGACAUUCGCCUCGGCAAAAUCCUCAUCCAGACAAAUCUCGAUACUGAUGAACCGGAGCUUCACUACUUGCGGCUUCCCAAGGACAUCGAGAAAGAUCAUGUGAUCUUGAUGGACGCUACCGUGGCAACAGGAGCGGCGGCCAUGAUGGCUAUUAGGGUCUUACUGGAUCACGAUGUACCUCAGGAAAACAUCAUGCUGCUGUCGCUACUUAUGGCAGAGUCAGGUGUUCACACAGUUGCGUAUGCAUUUCCCAAAGUCAAGAUUGUGACAACAGCGGUGGACAAAGAAGUAAACGACAACUUCCACAUAAUCCCAGGAAUAGGAAACUUUGGCGACAGAUACUUUGGUACAUAGCUCCAGUUACUGUGGCAUCAUCUCAUAUUCUAGGUCAGAGAUCAACAUGGAGGUCAAGGGUCACUGGGACAGUUUUUAAAUGACUUUGGAAUUACUAGCGUGGUCAUUUUGUAGAGAAAAGAAAAAGAUAUUCAGCAGAAAGUAUUCAGUUCUUUUUAACUUUUUACAAAAAAAUUAGGAAAAUUGGUCAAGAUUUUGUGAUAAAUGCACAUCUGAAGAGUGCACUCAAACUGACCGACUCCAGACGUGAUCUGUUACACGGUACCCUGUGGAGACAUGGGUAUAAUAGGGAACAAAAGAUUGAAUACGUCUCCACAGAGCAAUUUCUAUAGUUGAAUACGUCUCCGCAAGGUUAUCACGGAAUAGAUAUAUUGAUUUUACUCAAAAACUCGGAAUUUCCAAGGUGUGUUGAUCCGUCGCAAAUUAAAGUAAUUUAUGUAAGGGACCGAAUUUCAGCCUGGAAAUAAAUUCUGGUUAAAAUAACAGCAUUUUGAAACUACACUUUCAAACUCAAAAACUUUAGUACACGAGAACAAAGAACUGACUCCACCAGGAUACAAAUUCCAGUAUGCUGGGACUGUACCCAUCCUUACAGAUUCCAACAAAACGUGCCGUUUGAUGGGUUGAGUUCUGAAUAUGGGUUGAUGGCGAAGUCAUGAUAGUUUCGUUCCGUUUUAAUAAAACGGACAGCAUUUUGAGUUCACAUCAGUUUCCACAGUCACAUUGAGCAAAACUGAUGUUGAAAUAUCUCGAUUUGAACACAUGAACUUUUCAAAUGUACUUAUUUAUGUCAUAACAUUUGAAGGGGUGACGUAAAUUACAUUUUUGUUUUCAGUUUGUUAAGUUUCAUGAAUCCAGUCAGGUGAUCACUGUCUACUCCCAAGGCCCCCUUCAAUGGAGAAACCAUUGCGUGCUAUUGUACAAAGCAACUGCCCCGUGACGGAUUAUCUGAACAAUAGCUAGCACAAUGCUUUCGCCAUUGAAGGGGGCCUUCAUGAUAGAAUUGAUGGCGUGCCUGGAUUGGUCUACAGGGACAUUUAGAUUCAGGUUUUUUUUUUAUACUUUUAUCAUAAUUUGCAGUUCUAGUAUUCUCGUACGAUUUACAUUGAAUCUUGAUCAUAUGUUCUUUUUGCCUUCUCUUUCAAUUUUUUUUUUUCAAUUUUUUUUUUUAGCAUUUAAUUAUGAAUAAAUGUGAAUAAAUUUUAUUCAAGCUUUUGAACAGGGGUGUGAAAUCUCAGCUUUAAAGCCGAUUUCAGCUUAUUUUGUUUUGGAUUUCAGAUUUUUUCCCUCACUUGCCGAGUACAAAAGUAUAGGAGAUUUCCAAAGUUCAGCUUUUUUACACCUUUUUUCAGCUGUUUUCAGCUAUUUUAAUCAGUGGUCACUCACACCCCUGUUUUAAGUAAUGAGAGGUUUAUUCACAAGUCAAAAUCUUACCACCUUAAAAAGGUUGAAUUAUUGCAAGAAAUUGAUGUACUAUUUAUGGGUGUGUUUGAGUAACCUCACCCGAUCAACUCAUCAUUGAUCUAACGUCAUUCUCGGGGCUCACCCGGGUCAGCCACCACAGACCCUGCUCAUAAAGCAGAGUCAGUGGUGGACAUACGUCACAGGCAUGCGUUGUUCAUUCCAAAAAACUGACAAAUAAUUUGGACAGCGGAAAUCUCAAGUGGACUCAAAAAUCAACUUUAUUUGAAGCCGGGGUAAUUAUUUAUUAAGCAGGCAAGCAACUUUUCCUCGGAUCAGCUGAUUUCCUCUUUUUUCACUUCCAAUGUGUGCUAUUGAAAAUA